CCUGCUGCUUCCCCCUUGCUUUCUCUUCGUUUUCCCCUCCUCCAUUUCUCCCAGUUAGAUCUGUCUAUCUGUCAGUUUUCGAGACUGCAAUCUAAGUCUACACAAUGAUGGACCGCAGUGACGAGAAGACCAAGGAGCUGGUGGUUUCGCCGCACGGCGACCCUCACGUCGAUGAGGAUCCCUUGGCCGACACCGAGAAAUCCUUCUGGGAGCGCAGUUGGCCUACCUUUGCCUGUGGUGCUGGUCUGUGGUCGGAUGGAUACUUGCAAUAUGUCAUCGGUACCGUCAACACCAUGCUCGACAAAAUUUACCCCAAGAUCUACGAUGGCUCUACCUACAGUCAGAACGUCUCGUCCAUCGCUUUCGCUGGAACGGUUGUUGGCAUGCUCUUUUUUGGCUACCUCUCCGACCAUUGGUCUCGAUCCAACACCCUCAUGGUCUCCACUGUCAUCCUGUUCGUUUUUGGUGCUCUCUGUGCCGGUGCCUAUGGCCAUAAUGGCAGCCUUCCCGGCAUGUUCACGGCCCUGACGGUCUAUCGCUUCUUCUUGGGUCUAGGUGUCGGAGGUGAAUACCCUGCUGGUUCCGUCGCCGCCGCCGAGAGCAGUGGUGAACUGGCCGAGGGCACCCGGCAUCGCUGGUUCAUUCUCUUCACCAACUUCCAGCUCGAUCUGGCCUCUGUUGCCUCAUCGCUCGUGCCCAUGAUUGUUGUGCUUGCCACUGGAGAGAAUCAUCUUCGCGCUGCCUGGCGUAUCUGCCUGGGUCUUGGUGUCAUUCCUCCGCUCAGUCUUAUCUACCUGCGGAUGAAGCUGAAGGAGCCCGCCGAGUACACCCGCGAAAAGAUGAACAAGUUUCCCGUCUGGCUGAUUGUCAAAUUCUACUGGAAGCGUUGGUGUGUCGUAUCUUUGAUCUGGUUCAUCUACGACUUUUCCACCUACUCCUUCAGUAUUUACUCAUCCGCCUGGUUGGCCGAUAUCAUCGGCGAUAGCGCACCCAUGUGGCAGACACUCGGUUGGAACACCCUCAUCAACGUCUUCUACCUACCCGGGUCUGCUCUGGGCGCAUUCCUGAGCGAUUGGUACGGUCCGCGCAACACACUAGCAUUCGGAGUGUUCGUCCAGGGAGCCAUUGGCCUGAUCAUGACCGGAUGCUAUCCCUACCUGGAUACCCCUCACUACGUGGCUGCCUUUGUCGUUGUCUACGGUAUCUUCCUCGCCAUGGGCGAAGUCGGCCCCGGCGACAACAUCGGUCUCUGUGCCGCCAAGACCUGCGCCACGCCCAUCCGCGGGCAAUACUACGGCACAGCAGCCGCCAUGGGCAAAAUUGGCGCGUUCGUAGGCACAUACGUAUUCCCCGUGAUUGUCAAGAACGCCCCGAACAAGAUCCGCCAGGGCCAGGAUCCGUUUUACGUGUCUAGUGCUUUGUGUAUCUUUAGUGCGUUUUUGGCGUUCUUUUGCUUGCCUCAUAUUGGUCAGGAUACCAUCACGCACGAGGACGCUCGCUUCCGCGCUUGUCUCGAGUCCCACGGGUAUGACACAUCUAGCAUGGGCACGGGAGGCGGCGAGAGGCAGAGGACGCAGUGAAGUAUGCAUUCGACGAGUUGAACGAGCCAUGUAUCCUAUCCUAUCCUAUUUUCUAUUCGACGAAAAAGUGUAUUCUUGAUUA